CAGCGGAGCGCGGUCGGAGCGGCGCGCACAGCCGGCCCGGCCGGGCCGCUCCGCCGCCACCGCGGGAAGCGCUCGUUGCCAGGGAGGAAAAGGCAAAGUCACUGCCAGCACCAUUUCCUUCGAGCUAAAGAUGUUGAGACAAAGCACCUCUGCCCCUGCCCUGUCCUUUCAGUCCUUCUGCUGCUGGUGUGUACAGGACUCAUUCCCCUGCCACUCCUACUCCCUAAGAGCACGGGGGCAAUAAACCUUUUACUCAAGUAGAUGGGAGCUUUCCACACACCGAGGCUGUCCCUGCACAUCCCCUGAGGAGCUGGCAGGGCCCAGCCUCUCCUGGGGGAACAUGGACUGAAAGAGGAGCUUUGCCAGCCCCAUCUGCCAGCACCCCUCUGCCUAGACCCUGAUGGACUCUGAGGCAGGACUGCAUUACCAUGGUGAUGAUCUUAACCAAAACUCGGGAAAACAAAGGUGCUGACUCCGUAACAUGCAGGACUGAGCUGCACACUCCAAAGAUGAGUCAAGGACCUACCCUCUUCUCUUGUGGCGUGAUGGAAAAUGACAGAUGGAGAGAUCUCAGCAGGAAAUGUCCACUCCAGCUCGAGCAGCCGGGCGCCAGCAUCUGGGACUGCCUGUCGGACAAGGGCGAGGAGGGCUCGCGGUGGCCGAGGGACGCGGCCGCCACCUGCUCCGUCACCAACCUGAUCAAGGACCUGAGCCUCAGCGACCCCCAUGGCCACCCCUCCGCCCCUCCCAGCAAGCGCCAGUGCCGCUCGCUGUCCUUCUCGGAUGAGAUGUCGGGCUGUGGCACCUCCUGGAGGCCGCUGGGCUCCAAGGUGUGGACGCCGGUGGAGAAGAGGCGCUGCUACAGCGGCGGCAGCGUGCAGCGCUACUCCAACGGCGUGGCCACCAUGCAGAGGAGCUCCAGCUUCAGCCUGCCCGCCCGCUCCAACCCUCUCUGCGGCGGGCAGCCCAGGAAAUCAGCUGCUGGAGGGCACGGCGGGGACAGGGUGGACAUUCAGAGGUCCCUGUCCUGCUCGCACGAGCGCUUCUCGUGCUCCGAGUACGGCGCGGCCUGCACGCCCGAGCUGGGCCGCCGCGCCGCCGGCCUGGCCCGCAGCCGCUCCCAGCCCUGCGUCCUCAACGACAAAAAGGUCGGUGUCAAGCGGAGGAGGCCCGAGGAGGUCCAGGAGCAGCGGCCCUCGCUGGACCUCGCCAAGAUGACCCAGAACCGCCAGACUUUCAACAGCCUCAGCUGCCUUAGCACCACGGCCGAGGACGGCUCGCAGCGGCUGCCGGGCCCCCAGCCAUGGACCGCGGCCCCGGAGGUGAUGCCAGGCAGGACCCCCGCCUGCACCCCGGUGCCAGAGCCACCACAAGCCAGGCCUGAUGGCCAGCAGGCCAGCAGGGAUGACCUGUCCUGCGAGGAGGAGGAGGAGAGCACCGCCAAGGAGGAGGACAGAGCGGCCUGGCGGAGCGGCGGCAUGGGCACCGAGAGCCUCUUCCAGCUGGACGGCGAGAUAGACAUCGAGCAGAUAGAAAACAACUGAGGAGGAGCAGCUCUUCUCACCCUGGGGUCUGGGGGCUGCCAGCAGAGCCACGGAGGGCUCCUCCUUGCCAGCGAGUUUGGGGGGUCCUGUCACUGCUCCCCUCCUGCCUGCUGGAGGGGAUGAAGCAGCUUUGCCAAAAUUUCAUCAGGUAUUUAGAGGAAUUUGUGUGCAUGCGUGUGUAAAUCUUGAAAUUCUUUGUAACUACUGUAGCCAGAGAUCAGCCAGUGGGAGGAAAGUGCCUGUCCCACAGGGAAACCGGGCAUGGGGAUCACCAAAAACUCAGAAUCCACGAGUAAAUGGCUUUUCCAGGAUAGGGAGCUACCCAUGUUCCCACAGGUCCCACCUGUGCUAGUUCAGAAAGGGGUGCACAAGGAGAAAGCACCACCCCUGGGACUGGAGAAAGGGAUGGAAAAGCAGAAUAUUGAGAUUUGCAAACCGAGCACUGGCUGGUGGCUGCUGGGGUGGCCACGGUUCCUUUUCUUCAGCACUCCCCUCCUUCCCAUGUCCCUGGCAGUGCCGUGAGAAGGAAAUCACAAGUGAAGUGUUUUGCUUCAAUUUAAUAAUGGCAAGAGCUGGAUUUUUACUCCUUUAUUUUUAGUUUUCCUUUUCCUGAAGAGGAAUUAAACAGAUCCCUGGCCCAUGUGGGGCAGCAUCCACAGCAGCGCUGGCUGGGCACUGGACGGGGAUGCUCAAAUGCCUUCCUUCCCUAUUUUUUUUCCUUCCCAGCCCCCUCUAUCAACUCUUUUGGGGAAAAAAAAAACCCUACUCAGGCUCGGUGCCACCUCAUUUGGGUUCCCAGCACCCUGUUUUGAGCAGGGCUGGGCUGUUUACCCAUUUACCAGCAGCUGUGCCCACUUUGCUACCCGGGGCACGGCUGCCACCCUCUUUUUUUUGGCUUUACUGUGAAGGGCUGCCUGCCCAGGGCAUGUUGUGAGGGAUUACUUGACAAAGUCAGCUGGCAAGAGGCUGAAAAUCCAGGUAGCAGCACUGAAAGCUUUUCCUCUUCCUGUGCCUUUUUUAAGCACAGAUAAAGUGGUGACCAUUAUGUUUGUACUAUAUGAAUUCUCGUUGCUAAAAAUGAGCUGUCACUUGCUAACAGGUUUAGAAGGACACAUAUUUUUUUUCUCCCUCUGGUUUUUUUUUUGGGUUUUUUUAUUAUUUGUUUGUUUGUUUAAAGCUCUAGGAAAGCUGUACAAAUGGCUUCCAGCAUCUUCUGGAUUCCUUCUGCUGGUUCCUUCAAGCUUAGGGUUAACUUCCCAAGCUUUGCAAACAUGAGAAAGGAAAAAACCUUUGAUACCAAGAGCAGUUGAAGACAGGACUUUUUAAAGGGGUUUAGCACCCCUGCUGGCAAUGUCUUGAGGGUCCAUAGCACAGAAAGGCUGAGAGCUGCUGGUACAGGUUUCAUUCAUCAUUUCUGGUUAUGUUAGUGCACUUUUUUCCACAGUGGUUUGGGAUGCAUGUGGCAUCUCCCAGCACAGUGGAACCCACUGGCUGUUACCCCUGUCCUGGCACUGCAGAGGUUUUCCUGGUGGCCGUGGCUGUGUCCACUCCCUCCAGGCAAGCAGGACGAGCCCCAGAUAUUCAGGGAGGGGAUGACAGGGAUGUCUUUUCAUUUUGGGGAACCCUCCAGCUCUUAAAGUGUCGCUUGUUGCAUCAUUUAGAAGAAAAUAUAUCCUGGGUUAAUUUUUAUCCCUCCUGUUGAGGAGGGUCCAGCCAUGCCAGUGUUUUCCCAGGCUGCUGCCCCUCUGUCCAUGCCCCUGCAGUGGCACCCUCACAGCACAAUUCUUGGCUUUGAGUCUUCCUGAUGCUCCAUCCACCCCUCGCCACCACUGACACGUCCUGGUCUCGGGGCACACAGCUCCUGCUGGCCACAGGCACCUCCUCAGCUGAGCAAAAAAGGGCAAAUGCACCCAAAUCCACGUCCGGUGCCACCGCAGAGCUCCGGGUGGGCUCUGGCGUGGGCAUCCCCAGGGCUGGAAUUCCUAAGGGCUUCUGUUUUCUUUCCAAGGGCUGCUCCUGGUGCCAUGCUAACCCCCCAGAGUGGGAAGGUGGCCAAUGGGCCACGGCCCAGCUGUCCUGGACCUGGUGGCCGUUGGGCCACAGCCCAGCUGUCCUGGACGUAGCCGUAGCAUUCAGUUUACAUUCAGCACAACCCGUUUGCCUUACUAAAAAUGCUUCUCCAAUGAGUCAUGGCCUUACACUGGGCACGUUGGCGUAGGCACAGACUACAGUUAGCGACAGUUUUGAGGCCACAGUGUGUUCUGUUGGGUAUUUCUUGUUGGGUUUGUAUGAUUUCAUGUACUUAUUCUCAGUUUAAGAAAGCCUUACUUUUAAAUUUUUUUUUUCUCUCUCUCUCUCUCUCCGUAGAGAUAAAACAUUUGUGGAUUUAUAUAUAUAUAAAUAUAUAUAAAUAAAGUAAUUAAAAAUAUUAAAUAUAAUAUAGUAUGUGCCUCAGAUUCAGGGGACAUCCUGUUGAUUGUAAAGUCAGAAGUGGCGUUGCUCCCCUGGUGUCAGGAGAUCUGUCCCCUACGCAGUGGCAGAGCAGGGCAUCCCCUGGGGGUCUUGCUCUUGGUUUGUAAAGAACUUCACCUGUUACACAGAUGCUUUGGGAGCCCCCAAACCCCCCAACAAACCCCUGCCAGCUGCCAGAAUGUGAUACUAAAGUAAUAUGCAGACAGGGGAUGUUAUUCCUUGCUAGGUAGCUAAAAUAGGCUCAUUAUUGUGAAGGGAUUCAAUGGAUUGUCCAAGGUGUGACCCAGUCUGGGCAGCAGCCAUUUUGGGAUGACACCAAAGCUGUGGCAGCAGCAGUAAAGGUUGUUCAUCCUGAAAAAAAUAGGAUUUUAACACAGAAAGUCUUAGCAGGCACACGGGAGUUUGCUGUGUGUUUUGCAGAUGUAGCUCUAUGAAAGAGUACAUUAAAAAAAAAAAAAAAAAAAGAAACCAAGGAAAAGAAGCAUUUGUAAAAUAGAUUGUAAUUUUUCCACGUGCUAGCAUAGCCUGUUUGGCCAAUAAAGUUGUGUUUCAAGUGCAUUGUUUAAAGCUCCUGGCUGCCCAGGCGAACAGACUGACGUAGGAUGUUCUAGGAUUGUAGCAGUGCUUUGCGGCGUGUGUGGGUUCCGUGUUCAAGACAGAAAAAGAAGAGGAUGGCCAAAUAAAAAACAAACAAAAAAAAAGAAAACAAAAAAAAAUGGGAAGAAGAAUAAAAACAAAGCCUUCUGAAGCUAUGACCUGUAGUAGCCAAGUCUCGCUGGCAAUUGCACAAGCGCCGCGGGCCGUGCUGGCCCGGGAGGGGCUGCCCCAGGUGUCCCCUCCACGGGCGGGCGAGGAGGCUGCUCCUGCCCCUCCAUGACUUGAUUGCACUAGAGCAGCUCAAUCUCAGGAAAUUGCUUGUUACUUUUACUGUGUAAAUAAAGCUUCCUGGUUCAAUAAC